ACUGGGUGCUUUUUCUAAACCAAAGAGAGAGGGAGCUAGAGAUUAGUAUUUUCCAGCAGAAGACUGUACACAGGAGGGCGGCGAGAAUUGAACACACGUCUAUCUGUAACAGGGUUCCUCCGGUCUCCGCUGAAGAGGAGCCCAGCUUUGGGAUUGGGCAGCGAGCAGAUAGCGUAACACCCCCUCCUCCUCUCUGUUGAGAAUUGCGUUAAAUCGAGAAAGGGGAAAAAAAGGCCUCAGCUUUAUCUAUAUAACCGGUUUUUUUUCUUCUUUUCCCCCCUCCUUAUAUAUUAUACGAGGAACCGUUGCUGGCUGGUGUAUGUGUUUAGAAUGGGACACACUGAAGGUCCAGUCAAAGAAAAAGACAGUUAAGGAUGCAGGAGCCCAACAAUGGAUUUCUCCUUCUCUUUCAUGCAAGGGAUCAUGGGAAAUACAAUUCAGCAACCCCCUCAGCUCAUUGACUCAGCCAACAUCAGACAGGAAGGCACCUGCGACAGUGACCCCGGCGAGGAUGGUGGUCCCUCCUACGAUGCUGCCCUGGAUGCAGAGUUCUCCUACCCGCCGUCGGCCUCGGAGGACAUGUCUCACGUCUCCAACGGCUACCCGCCCGGCCUGGGCAUGUACGAGCCGCAGGCCAAGUUCUCCAUGUACUCGCAGUUCCCCAACGGCUCGGCCAACGGCUACGGGGCCAUACGGAGCUACGGCGACCACGUCCUCAUGCCGGGGGAGGGGACGGUCCUGAGGGGCCCGGGUCUCCAGGAGAGGCCUUUGUCCCCGGUGUCCCCGCCCCUGCACCCGCACCUCCACCACCAUCACCCCCAUCACCACCUACUCCACCACGGCGCCCACCACUUCCACUCGAACCUGCCUCACAUACAGACCCAAGCGCACCCGCAGAGCCCCCCCCCGCCGCCGCCGCCGCCCUCCCAGCACCACCUGCCCCAUACGCCUCACAUCAUGAGCCACACUCUUCCCCCUCCUCCGCCGCUGAUCCUGCCUUCUUCCAGUCCCCCGCCUUCCCUUGUGGACAACACUCCUUCCUCUCAACCCCCCCUCGGCCUGUCCAACACCCCCGAUGGGCCGCUGAAGAAAACCAGCUCUCCAGAGAUCAAGCUGAAGAUCAUAAAGACGUAUCAGAACGGGAAGGAGCUGUUUGAGUCGGCGCUGUGCGGAGACCUGCUGCAGGAACUGCAGAAGGACGAGGCCACUCCGACGCAGCGCCGACACGAGAGGAAGAAGGAGAAGAGGAAAAAGAGCGCGCAGCUGCAGCUGCAGGAGCAGGACCUGGACCAGAGCCAGGAGCAGCAGGCACAGGAGGGCACCACGGAGCAGACGGAGGACCCCAACGCGCAGCCCCGGGAGACGGAGACGCCCCCGGCCCCGACUGAGAAGCCUCCCAAGACAACGAUCAAAGUCGAACCCAAGACACCCAAGGUCCCGAAGGUCCACCAUCCGUCAGUGAUCCAGGAGACGGGCUUCUGUAAGGAGUUUGUGAUAGGAGACCUGGUGUGGUCCAAGGUGGGCACCUACCCCUGGUGGCCCUGCAUGGUCUCCUCUGACCCGCAGAUGAAGGUCCACACUCGCAUCAACACCAGAGGUCACAGGGAGUACCAUGUCCAGUUCUUCGGCAGCGUAGCUGAGCGAGCGUGGAUCCACGAGAAGAGGAUAGUCCUCUACCAGGGGAAGCAGCAGUACGAGGACCUUCAGGCCGAGACUCUGCGCAGGGCCACCAACCCCGUAGAGAAACACAAACUCCUGAAGCCCAUCCCUCAGCGGGAGCGCUCUCAGUGGGAGGUGGGUGUGGGCCACGCCGAGGACGCCUUCGCCAUGUCACGGCAGGAGCGCAUCGACAACUACACCUUCAUCUACGUCGACCCAGACCCCAUCGAAGGCCCCUCCAGCAGGAAACCCACCAUCCGCGCCGAGAAACGAAACCGCCGCUCCAGCGGCUCUGUGGGUAAGAAGGAGGAGGGCGGAGUUAAGUCGCCGGGGAAAGAGCAGCCGGCGCGCCAGCAGCCGCCACGCCGGCAGCUGCCGCGCCGGCUGUGUAGCAUUUCCAACGCGGACGACGCCGCAAACUCCAAGGCCUCGCACGAAGACAAGGACCAGAAGGGAGACUCCCCGAAGCCGGACGCCGGAGGCGACGCGCGGCAGGGUUCGCCGCCGCCUGUCAGGGCCUGGAAGACGGCGGCGGCCCGGAAGCUCCUGCCUCUCUCCAUCACCAUGAAGAGGCUGAACGUGGAGAUCACAAAGUGCGACUGGCCUCUCCUGCAGAAAAAAGCCGCUCUGUCUCCGAAAAAAGAGCAGCUGCAGGAGGAGGAAGAGGAGGAGGAGGACGAGGAAGAAGAAGAGGAGGAGGAAGAGAAGGAGGAGAGAGUUGCGAGGGAGGCCCGGCAGCCCGACCUGGGAUACUGCUCGCCCGAGGACAGCAGAGCUAAACCCGAGCCCAGUCCGGAAGAGGAGGAGGAGGAGGAGGAGGGGGAGGACGACGGAGAGGGAGAGGGAGAGGGAGAGGAGAGGAGAGAAUCGCCCGCCAGUCGGAGGAGCGAGGAGGGAGGAAUGCAGCAGACCUCCUCUCCUGGAUCCCACCACAGCAGUCCCCACGGUUCUCAGGAGAGGAAGCUGCAGCGGCGGUCCGUCCGGAGCAGGUCCGAGUCAGAGAGAGGCAACGACCCCGUCCCGAAGAAGAAAACCAAAAAAGAACAGGCUGAGACGGCUCCCGAGACCACGCUGAAGACCGGUUCACAGAAAGGAGCCAGUGAGAUCUCGGAUGCCUGCAAACCCCUGAAGAAGCGAAGCAGAGCGUCGACGGACGUGGAGAUGGCGUCUUCUCAGUACAGAGACACCUCUGACUCCGACUCCAGAGGCCUAAACGACCCACAGGGUUUAUUCGGGAAGAGCCUCGACAGCCCGGCAGCGGCCGACGCAGACGCUUCAGACACUCAAUCCGUGGACUCCGGCUUGUCGCGUCAGGACGGCAGCGCCGGCAAGAGAGACACCGUCUGCCAGGUCUGCGAGGUGUACGGAGAGGGCUUGCUGGUGUGCGAAGGCGACUGCGGAAGACAGUUUCACCUGGACUGUCUCAGCCUGACGGCCCCACCCGAAGGCAGGUUCACCUGCCUGGAAUGCAUGAACGGCAAUCAUACUUGUUUCAGCUGUAAAACGGCGGGCCGGGAGGUGACGCGCUGCUCUGUGUCUGGAUGCAGCUGUUACUACCACGAGGACUGCGUCCGCAAGCUCCCGGGCACGAGCGGAGGUUCGGACGGAGGCUUCUGCUGCCCUCAGCACAGCUGCUCUACCUGCUGCCUGGAGAGAGACCUGCAGCGGGCCAGUAAAGGUCGCCUGAUGCGCUGCAUCCGCUGUCCGGUGGCCUAUCACACGGGGGACAGCUGCGUGGCGGCGGGCAGCGUGGCGCUCACCCACCACAUCAUGAUCUGCAGCAACCACAGCGGCGCCAAGCGGAACGGCCUCCUCACCUCCCCCAUCAACGUGGGCUGGUGCUUCCUGUGUGCCAGAGGACUGUUAGUGCAAGACCUUACUGACACCAUAUUAAGUUCAUAUGCCUAUAAGUCCCACUACCUUCUGACUGAGUCAAAUCGUGCUGAGUUGAAAUUACCUAUGAUUCCCUCUCCUUCGUCAGCUACCAAAAAGAAUGUUGGGAAAGGAGGCAAGUUGCUGUGCUGCGACACUUGUCCGGCUUCCUUCCACCCGGAGUGUCUGGAGAUGGAGACGCCGGCGGGGCCGUGGUCCUGCAGCGAUUGCAGGGCGGGGAAGAAACCGCACUACAAACAAAUUGUCUGGGUCAAACUAGGCAACUACAGGUGGUGGCCAGCGGAGAUCUGCAACCCUCGCCUGGUGCCGUCCAACAUUCAGAGCCUCCGCCACGACGUCGGCGACUUCCCCGUCUUCUUCUUCGGCUCCCACGACUACUACUGGAUCAACCAGGGCCGCGUCUUCCCCUACGUGGAGAACGACAAGAACUUUGUCACGGGUCAGAUCAACAUCAACAAAACCUUCAAGAAAGCUCUGGAAGAAGCGGCCCGGCGGUUUCAGGAGCUCAAGGCGCAGAGGGAGAGCAGGGAGGCUCUAGAGCAGGAACGCAACUCUCGCAAACCUCCGCCCUACAAAAUCAUCAAGUCCAACAAACCGGUGGGGAAAGUGCAGGUGCACGUCGCUGACUUGUCGGAAAUCCAGCGAUGCAACUGCAGGCCGACAGACGAACACCCGUGCAGCCUCAACUCCCAGUGUCUCAAUCGCAUGCUGCAGUACGAGUGCCACCCGCAGGUUUGUCCCGCAGGAGACAGCUGUGAGAACCAGUGUUUCUCCAAGCGGCUGUAUGCAGAGACGGAGGUGAUAAAGACUGACGGGCGCGGCUGGGGCCUCCAGACCAACCAGGCUCUUAGGAAGGGCGACUUUGUGACGGAGUACGUGGGGGAGGUGAUCGACGCGGAGGAGUGCCAGCAGCGGAUCAAACGCGCCCACGAGAACCACGUGGCCGACUUCUACAUGCUCACCCUCACCAAGGACCGCGUGAUCGACGCCGGCCCCAAAGGGAACUCGUCUCGCUUCAUGAACCACAGCUGCCGACCCAACUGCGAAACCCAGAAGUGGACGGUCAACGGGGACGUUCGCAUCGGACUCUUCACCCUUUGCGACGUCGAGGCCGGCACGGAGCUGACCUUCAACUACAACCUGCACUGCGUGGGCAACCGCAGGUCGUCCUGUCACUGCGGAUCCGACAACUGCUCCGGGUUCCUCGGGGUGCAGCCGACGAGCGCCGUGGUGAUGGAGAAGGAGGAGAAGGCCAGGAACGCCAAGCUGAAGCCGAAGAAGCGGAAGCUGCGGCCCGAGGGCAAGCAGACGCACGAGUACUGCUGCUUCUGCUGCGGAGAGGGGGGCGAGCUGGUGAUGUGCGACAGGAAGGACUGUCCGAAGGCGUACCACCUGCUGUGUCUCAACCUCACCAAGCCGCCAUACGGACGCUGGGAAUGUCCGUGGCACGACUGCAGCCAGUGCGGCGCCCCGGCCUCGUCCCUUUGUGACUUCUGCCCCAGCUCCUUCUGCCGGGAUCACGAGGCGGGGGCGCUCACCUCCUCCGCCCUCGAAGGCCGCCCCUGCUGCCCCGGCCACGACCCCGCCAGCCCCCUCGGCUCCCUCUCGGGCUCCGCCCAGCCGCGCUGCUCCGCCCUGAGCCCCGCCGCCGUUAAGGAGGAGCCGGAGGCGGCAGAGUGACGCAGUGCGCGGCUCCCCUCGAUACCUCGUUGCCCGUAAGGCCUCCUGGGCUCUGAUCCCGCUCUGACGAAAGGGAAUACAGAGCUUUUUUCUUUUUCUUAACCAGUGCCACGGCCCGAAAACACGCCGACAAACACCUCGGUGCCGUUUUGUUGCAGGAGCAGAGCAACGCGAGUGUUGGCGGCGGGGGAAGCGCACCGUUUGCCUCCUCUCUCCUUCGCCACUAAUGCUCCGCUCAGACCAGAGCGCCACCCCAUCACCGCUCUUCCACUUUUUUUUUUUUUCUGCAGCUGUGGAAAUUCACGUCGUCAGAUACUGGAACUACCUUUGAGGGACUCAAGGGGGGAGGUGGAUGGAGAGAGGAGGAGGAGGAGGUAAAGAUAACAAUGUCCGCUGCUCCUCCCCUCGUCGGCCUGCUGUAAGCGGCGGUCGGAGUUCCCCACACAGGAUGAUGGCACACAAGCUGACCUUCCUCCUCCUCCUCCUCCUCCUCUUCCUCCACAGCCGAUCGUCGCUCAGGACGUGAUGGUGUUUGUCUCUUCAAAAAGGGAGGGGGGACCGAUCUUUGUGCAAUGCUUUUCAGGACCACACUACAUUCCAACCUUCCUUAGACAUGUUUUUUAAUAUACUUCUGGGUAUAGAUGAAUAUAAUUAUAUACAGUAUCUAUGUUUGUUAAUGUUUACAGACCGAUCCUCUCACUUCAUCUCGGUGAGUGGCGUAUUACGUUUGUUUGUUUCGGUGUGCAGACCUCCUAGUGAACAUAGUCCUACUAAGGUGAAAUAUAACGGUAUAUAGCGUAAUGCUAUGACAUUACAGUACUUGUACGUGAUUUUUCAUAUUACCAGUCUCACUCGCCAUGGUGUACAUAAAUUGGCUCACGAUAUUGUAAAGUAGGUGAAGAUCGUGAGGGGCGGAGCCUCGCCUCUCUGUUCGUUAGGAAUCUCCUUUUAUUUUCACUUUUCAAGCAACAGGACAGAUCCAUUUCUAUUUGAUUUGCUUUUCUUUUCCCCUUUUUUCGGAUCAAGUUCUGUACCAACCUUUCCUCCCAACUGCAACUGUUGUUAUUUGUAUUGUAGAGGGGGGGGCGGGGGCGGGGGGGGGUCUUGUGAUCACUGGUGCUGUCUUAAAGUAUUGUUGAUCAGCCUUAAGUUGGAUUUUGGCUGUAGUGACUGCUGCCCAGACGCAGUAUGUUUCAGUAACGUCGUGUACUGUGACCCGUUUUCAUUUCCUUUUGAACUUUUUAUUUGCCAAACUUUUCCUAAAAAGCACUUUUACACAGCUUGUCGCUACACAAUUUAGUUAGAUCAUACAUAUACAGAAAUGUGUAGUAAAAGAACAUUUGACAAGUGUUUCAAAAUGGAUACCUCUUCUUGUAGUAACGUCGGAAUUAUAACUGUGUUAAAACUCUUCUUCUCUUUCAUUUUUUAUUAUUUUUUUGGAGGGAAGUGGCUGAAACAAGCUGCUUUCUUUUGGCACAAGUAGGAAUGACUGCCAGCCGGCUCAGUGCAGAAGAGGUCUGCGGCGUCCUCGAGACGCACUUCUUCCUUUCCCACCCCGAGAACGUCCUCGAGGCCGGGCUUCAUGUAAAGACGUGGUGGUAUAACAGCGGUCCCGCUCGUAUGAUGUAAAAAAUACAAACUCCUGUACAGUGUUUUUAAUAGCUCAUCCGUAAAAUCCAAAUCUUUGUGUAUUUAUUGCACCACAUUUUAUACCAAUUUCUUUUUCAAACUCCAGUGCAGUAAUUUGUCUCCCCUUCUCCACCACGGUGUAAGUGAAAUAGAAAUAAUAAAAAAAAAGAUAUAAAAAAUAAACACAGGGAGUUUAACACGAUAUAUGUGUAUUUAGUCAUUGCAUACGUUUGAGUUUGUUUUCACAUUGGGUGUAAUGAUUCCACACUGACAGCCGCUGCUCAUCGACCCGUCUCGUGACUCACUGUAAAUGGCGUAUUGAAGCAGUACAACAUAGGAAUGUAAAGUCUCAGUUCCACAGCAGGUGUUGUGCUUUUUUGUUUGUUUGUUUUUAAGCCGGGACUCGAUGAGGUUUACCUGUUCACUCGCCCGGCCCAUCGCUUGCGAUUCUACCACGGUCACAUGACCGCAUCUUAGUGCCCUUGAUUGUUAUCACUAUUUUCCUUUUUUUUAAACCUGUUGUUGUCGAGCUACAGGGUAAAACUGUGCCAUUUUUUUCCCCAAAUCAUUCCGGUUCAUUUUGUGCUCUUUCCCAUUCAGUCGGUUGCCACUUUAUAAGGAACAAAAGCAUGUUGAAUGCAGACACGUCCUCCGUGUCUGCAGUCUGCACAUACAGCGCUCUGCACGCGGAAGUAGAGUAACAAUGAGCAGGACUUUAAUAUGCUAAAUAUAUGCACAUAAUGCAUCAAUUAAAAACAGGCACUUCAUCAUCGUCCAUCGUUCUUAGAUGUCUGUAUUUCAGAGGAUUUCAUGUUUCAUUGGUGCACGCGUGUGCAUUCUACAGCUGCUCUUUCUUUGUCAUUCUGUCCCUCUUAGGAAGCUUUUUUUCUGUACUCGUGGAGUCCUGGAGAAAAAAGACUUGAUGAUUCAUUGCUGCUGUCUGAUUUGCCAAAUCUUCCACAUUCAGAGACACAUUUGUGUGUUUUGUUGCAGUAAGAAUCAGGGCUUCAGUGUCAGGAAGGUGUGAACUUGAAUUUUCUCUUCCUCCUUUAUUAUUUAUUACUCCUUUUUUUCCCCCCUCACAUGUCAUUACCAGACCACAGGCGUCGUUUGUGGCCCCAUAAAACAUGUCUGAGUUGUGAUUAUAGAGCUGUUCUUUUUUCCUUGUCGAGGUGCCUGUUCAGAUGAAAUGCAUGCAUGCUUCCAACAACACACACUGGUUUAAUCUGCUUCAGUUGGAGACUCUUUCUAAAAGCCUUUCGAGUUAUGUCUUUAUUGUUGCUCCUUUUCUUGCACCGAGUUUGUGUCAUUUCUUUGUCCUCUCCCAGCGGAUCCAGCAGCAGUAUUACGUCUGCCUCAUUUCAGUCUCCAACGCAUCGAUCAUUUCAUUCCCUUUAAAAUGUGUUUUUUAUGUAUACGCUUAAAAUGAUUAAAGAGACGGCAUGUUUGCUCAUUUAAGUGACCCUUAAAUAAGUGUCCAGGAUUAUUAUUCUUUCAUUUGUAUACACUUAAAUUUGGGAUGGAACCCCUGCACCUCCCUCCCGCUGUAAGUCAACGGGUACGUUUCCGUUCACUUGCAAUGUCGCCGGCUGUCUCCUUUUAAUCGACUUGCCGUCCGAGCAGAAAUAGUGUUUGAAUACAUGAAUAAAUAAUUCACCUUCAUAAGCACUCAUCUCUUUUUACUUGUGGUAAAAUUACUCACAGUAGCUCUAACUGGGGUCAUAUCUAUCGCUCUUGGUGUUGCUUUGAAAACGUGGAUGAACACAAAAUACCAUGUUGAUUACUGUUGACCUGUGUUACUGCAUAUUGUCGAAGAACUUGUAAAUAGUUUGCAUUGAUCUUGCAUAGAAUCAUUUUACUGUGGCGUGCUCUUUAUUUUUUCUUUUGCUUGUACAAUUCUGCUUCUAAAUGUGUGUGACUGUUGAGACGACACUCUUUUUGUACAUGACUGUCUUUUUAUUUGAGAAUAUUGAUUCUGUCCUUUUUCAUUCUAAAGUUGAGUUUGAAGAGUUCAGACAUGCCUGAAGUUUGACUUUAAUAAAGCUGUACUCUGUCUCAGUGAAAGG